AUGGCGUCCCAUGGUCGACGGGCCGUGUUAUCGAUGACGACGCGCUUCUGCCUGCCUCAUGAAGGCAUGGCAACACUCGACUACCUCAGCAGCGGCUCGGCUGCCAUAUUAUGCGACUCCAAGAGCCCUUCGCUGACCGUCGUCACGUGUCAGCACGUUGCAUGCCCCUGGUUGUUCCCCAAGUAUUUCACAGCCACGUGGGACUGGCUGCAGUUCGUGAACGAGGACCACGUGCGUCAUUCACUGCAGCUUUUGGCGAUAAAUGACUCCAAUAGCAGGCCGGUGGUGUUGCUGGAGCUGCCACUGGCCCCCCAGGUGCACAUACACGAGAGUCGAGAUCUAGCGUUGUUGACUCUGGCAGAUUCCGCUGCUUUUGAGACCUGGCAACAGGCAGAACAGGAGCUUGGAGUGCAGACUCUGGCGCUGCAACAGACGCCUUGUGAACGUGGAGAUACUGUCGUCUUCUCUGGCCACAGACAAUUAGCCGGUGAGGAGCAGGAGGAGGAAGGCUAUCAGAUUCCCAAGACGGUAACGGGACAUUUUGUCGGACGCAGUUCUGGUGGACAAGAAUUCGCGUGGAGUCAAGAGCUGCUGGAGGAAGGAAUGUGUGGCGGUGCAGUGGUAGGAGCAGUCACGGGUCAGUGCGUGGGCAUCGUUGAGGGAAUUGUUCCUACCAUUGUACAGGGGGACGAUGAACCUCCGAAAUACGAUAGAGAGACCCAUGCAGCGUGGCAGAUGCGACAGGCUCUGGCGGGUCAUGUGGCUUUCAUCCCAGCGAGUGAUGUAAGGAAGUUUAUUGAGGAGCCACGUGACUUUUUGCUUACAGGAAUGGAGCUACCAUCGCAUAUGUGA